AUGGAGAGCGUUAGGAUCCGGACGCCAUGUUGUAUCCCUGUUACCCUAGCAACCGUCGGGCCCGAACUCCCCGCGGCCCUGCGUGCGCGUGCGCAGACCGCGUUUCCCGUGCCGCCCGGCGUGGACGCGUGCGCAGUGCGGCCCGCAGCUGGUGUGGUUGCUAAGCAACCUCGCCGGCGUGGUCGCGGAGCAGGAGCAGGCUGUGGCUUGUUGGGCCGGACUUGUGGGGCCCCGAAGCGGCGCUUUGAUGGGAAAAUUGGAGAUGGGCGGUUGCAGCAACUGGAAUCCAUCUGUGUCGGGGUGACAUCUGGAGAAGCCAGAGGCCAGGAGAGGUUGACGCCCCAGCUGGCCACCGUGUGUCCCCCGAGCCAGUGGCCCGGGAGCCUCUCUGGGACGCCGCCCCUCCCCAGAGCUGCGCCUUGGGCUGGCUCCCCGGGGGGCUCACCGCAGCCUCCCCUGGGGCUGCUUGUGUUGAAGCCACUGCCCGCCCUCCAGCCCGUCCCUGUGAGGAGAGCGGCGGCCCCUGUGGCGCCAGAGGGACAGGGCCCCUCUCUGUCAGCCCCUGGCCCGCCGGCAGCCACAUCUGCUCCCUCCGGCCCCGUGAACACAGCUGCUUCUGACGGGCCCUGCGAGCGCCCCGAAAAAGUAAGAAAGCCUUUAAACGUGAAAACACGUUCUGGACGGGUCUCUCGGCCUCCCAAGCACAAAGCUAAAGAUUACAGAUUCAUCAAGACGGAGGACCUGGCCGACGGCCGCCUGUCGGACUCGGACGACUACUCGGAGCUGAGCCUGGAGGAGGACGAGGCCCCACGGCGCGAGCACCUGCCCUUCGCCGCGGCCAGCUGCGCCCUGAGGCCCAAGACCUUCAGCUGCCCGGCGUGCGAGAAGGCGUACAUAGGAAGGGGGGGGCUGGCCCGGCACCUCAGGCUGCACCCAAGCCAUGGGCAGCUGGAGCCCACACUGGUGCCUCUGGAGAAGGCCGCUGGGAGCAUGGCCCGGGGCCCCCAGGAGGGACGGGCCCGGAGCCCGGCCUCGUCGCAGCUGUCCACACCGGCCCUGCUGCCUGAGGAGGUGGCCCAGCGCGCGCGGCCCGGCCUGCAGAAGGGCCAGUCUGCGGACGCGGGAGAGACGGCGGUGCCCGGGCUGGGAGAUGGAAGCGCUUCAGCCCUUCCGGGGUCGGAGACACGCCGUGGGCCUGGAAGAGUCCCGUCCGCAGCCCGCGCAGAACCCAGCGCCCUGGGCCGGGAGCAGAGCAGGCCAGGGCGCCCAAAGGCCAGUGCCGCCAGGUGCCCAGCCAGGCUCAAGGAGUUUCUCCAGCAGUGCGACCCGGAGGACCUGGUGGCGUUGGCUCUCCCCACGCUGGCUCAGGCGGUGACCGUGUAUGAAUUCCUGCUGAUGCGGGUCUGCUCUCUGCCAUCGCUCACCGAGGCGGGAGAGACCCGUGGGGGGCAGCCUUUCUUCCCAGCCGUGUACAGGGAGUUCGAGGAGCUGCACGCGGAGGUCAGGAAGCUGUGCCGGGAGUACCUCAGCGGCUCUGGCCCGGCGCGCACGGGGCCGCUGCAGAUAGGCAACAGCAAGCUGGCCGAGUCGCUGGGAAUCCUGGAAGGACCCCCGAGGGAAGCCGUGCAUGGGGACAGCCCCGCGCCCACGCGCACCGGCGGGCAGGAGGAGGAGCCGGAGCUGGCCUGUGCGCCCAAGAGGGGGCCUGAGAAUGCAGGGGGGGCGCCGGCCUGGGUGAAGAGGGCCCGAAGAGGGGCCCUGCCCCUGGACCGCAGCCCAGGCAGCCACCCGAAGCCAGCCUCGUGGGCCCCGGCUGCAGGCGAGGGUCCUGCCCCUGGAGUCCACGGGAGCACCUCCCCGUGCCCUGCAGAUGCCCGUGAGGGGCCUUCAUCUCCGCGGUCUGGGGCCUCGGCCGACCCCGAGCCCCCUGGCCUCUCAGGCCAGGGUGUUGGUGGGCCGGGUCUGGACACACGGGCCGGAGCGCGGGGGCUGCGGGCCCUGGGUCUCGCUGAGAAGGACGUGCCGGAAGACUCCUCAGACUGGAAUGCAGGGCGCAGUCUGGGGAGCCCUGUGGCUGCAGGAGCGGUGCCCCCGCUGGCGGGUGGGCCUGGGUGCAGGGCGGCAGCAAGGCCCCGGGGGCCGCAGGCCUCCCCGCCCGGCGGCCCUCCACCCCGCCCCGGCGCCGCUCAGCUCCUGGCCCGCUGGCCCGUCACCGGCCCUCUGGGAAGCCACGAGGGGGACGCGGCUGCUGAGCAGCGAGGACCGGAGGGUGCCCUGGCCAAGGGGCACCUGGAGCUGAGGGCGCACGGAGAGGAGCAGGGGCUCACGCUGACUCCGGGAGGCCCCACGUGCCCCACGCAGGCUCCAGGGUGUCUGGGGAGGGGGGCGUGCUCAUGACUGGCGCAGGGGGGCCUGCUCUACUGAGGGGUCCCCAGAGCGGGGGAAGCGGUGCCCUGCAGUUGGGGGGUCAGAGCCCGAGCCAGAUGCAUGUGCGUUUCACCCCAGGAAGGUCUGUGCUGAGUGGUGUCUGCUUUUCACAUGUGAAUACUGACCCGGACGAACUGUUUAUCUAUAAAGAAUUGUGCCUUUCUACCCCGGUGUCUCCCCGUCGCCCUCUCGCUCAUGGCCACAGAGGCCACGUGCUCCUGGGGGGCUGAGCCAGCCCCACCUCGGGCGGCGUGGCCAGCAGCGCUCAGGGUCCCUGGAGCUGGCUGGAAGGACAGUCCCGCACACGCCGCUCCA